CACGUGGAUAUGCGCGUCGGCGCCAAUGAAUCCUUAUUUUCUCCAAAAUUUGACUUUCUUGUCUCCUGUGGAACGGUUAAUUGGCUGUCGUUGCUCAUGGUAUCUAGACUACUACAGGUUUUAAUAGUUUAAUCGGUAAUUUUCUUUUGACGACUGACGCGCUCGGAGACAUUAUUCUUCUUUCAGAAAAUAGGUGAAAGAUGAUCUAAAUAGCUUAGAAAGCCAAAAAUACACAAUCGACGCACAACGAAUAGAAGAUCGUGUGUUAUAUAUUAUAUCUACCAUCAGAGAUCUAGUAAUAUAAAUAUAAUUUUCAAUCGUUAUCCUAAGAGAAACAUAUUAAUCUUGGCUGUAUCAAAUUUUUAUAUAGUUGGAUAUAAUGAAACGUCUUAAGGAGCUUCUUUUUGCUGAACUAAUUCCUGAAGCAAAUAAUCCUGGACCAAAUGAUCCUGGACCAAAUGACCCUGGAUCAAAUGACCCUGGACCAAAUGACUCUGGACCAAAUAAUCCUGGACCAAGUGAUCCGAAAUCAACUGAUGAGAAUAUGCUUGAACUUGAACACAAUAGUCAAGUAUACUUAGUAGUCAGACGAAAGAAAACAACAUUGCAUCUCGAUGCGUUAGAGAAUACUACAGUUCUCCAGCUUAAGAAAAUGAUCGAAGCUAUAUUUAAGAUAUCACCGGAAGAUCAGCAACUAACUGUCGUGUCUAUAUCCGAACAAAAUGUUGAACAACAUGUUAUACUAUCUGAGGAUACUGCACCUUUGUCUGAAUACGAAAUAAAUUGGCUAUCGGCACAAGCAUCAUCUCCUGUAACUCUGGGUCUAGCUAUGCGAACGGAGGAUGGCUCGUUUGAAGAGCUUGAUAUAACACCAUAUUCAGAACCACAAUGGCCAGAUUUAACAUUAAAACUUGUAGCUAAAACUUUUCCGGAAGAUCUUGCAAUAUUUCGCGACACGUGUAUGAAAAAGCUAUUCGACAAAGAUAUGUCAAAAAAAUUCAAAGACAAAUCAUAGCAUGUAAUAUGCAUCAAUUAACAACAGAACUUUAUACUAAAUGCAACUUAAUAAUUAUUCAAAUAGUUAAAGGAUAAAAUAGGAUGGAAAAAUGUAUUAUAAUGUAAAUACUCGACUGGAAACAAUUUAUGAUACCGAAUUAUCUUGUUUAUAUCAGAUUAUAACUUUGACAAGACACAAUCAUAAAACUAUGCGAUAUUGAAUUUUAGGAAUACUAUAGAAUCGUGUAUACUGCGUAAUCUUUGAAAAUACUGCAUCAUACAUAGAUCAUCGUUUAUUAAUUCAUGACAUGUGUAUAAAUAGCACUUUUUGUAAUACGGGUAAUAAUUCACUUAUGGAAUACAUUUUUUAUAUUUUUCUUCGUCAA